GCUGCCCGCCCCGUGUCUGGCGGUUGGCGUCAGCUCAGGCAGGUGUGGGUCAGGAUGAGGCGGCCGCAGUGAGGAGCCCCGACUCCCAGCACUGCAGGAAGAGUGGCCAGGAGUGGACAUGAGCGUGGAGACCGAGCUGCUGUGGCCAGGGGCGGCCCUGCUGCUGCUGCUGGGGGCAGCGGCCGGCCUGUGUGUGCGCUGCUCCCGCCCAGGUACGAAGAGGCCCGAGAAAAUCUAUGAGCAGAGGAGCCUGCAUGAGAACCAACAGAGCUUUGCAGUGGCCCGGACCUAUUCCUUGGUCAGGCAGGCCUGGCCAGGGCCCCUGGCAGACACAGCCUCUGAUGUGGAGUCAACAAGGAAGGGCCAGCUGCUGCGGUUCUCCCCCAGCCUCGACGAUUCUGCAUCCGCCAGGUACCAGAACCUCAGCAGAGGAAGCAGACACGGGUCAGAUGCAGCCUACGUCGACCCCAUCACCAUGAACUGUUACAACUGGGAGCGGUUCCAGAAGCCCCCGGAAGACGACGAUGAUGCCAAUUCCUAUGAGAACGUGCUCAUCUGCAAGCAGAGCACCGAGUCAGGCGACGAGGGGUCUGAGGACUAUCAGAACUCGGCGUCCAUCCAGCAGUGGCAGGAGUCCAGGAAGGUCGUGGAGCAAGUCCUGAGAGAAGCACCCCCCUCAUGGGCAGGGAGCCCAGACGAGGACAGCGGGGAGCCUGACUACGUGAAUGGGGAUGUGGCGGCCACACAAGCCUAGAGGAGACCUGGAAGGAAGCCUUUUCAUCUUCACUGAAGGAGCCAAGGGCCACCUCUCGCCUCCUGAGGAUCACUUCUCCAGAGCUGCUCGCCUUCUAGACCCCGGGCACGCUUACACCAGCACCUCCCACGGAGCAUCUGCGGGCCCUGGGGACCCAGCCUGGAAAGGACAGUCACCCGCAGAAAGGCCCUGUGACCAGCUCCCACGGGACAGGGCAGGAGCCUGACCAGACGCCCAGGGCUCGGGGCAGCGGCACCCCACGCCCACAUCUAAAACCCAUUCAACACGGUGUUCCUGUCCUGUUUUGCUUUGGAUUUGGAUCCCAAAUUGCUUACUCACGUUGGUUGCUGGGAUUUUCUUGUGACUGAUCGGUUUGUACAGUUAAUUUAUAUGGGUGGAGCCAGGUUUAAUGUUCUACAUUUCAGAGUAGAGUCUGGUCUCCUAUAAGCAUUAUGUGUACUUAACCUCAGCAGUUAGGGGAGCCCUGGCGCCCCUUUCUCAGGCCUGUUUGCUCAGGAGGAGAUGAGGCUACAGCCGUCUUCCCGACCCUUCGGUGGACAAACGUCCCAGAGCCCUGGAGAAGGGGCAGGCAGUGGAGGAGUGCCCAGGUGAGGCCCCCCGGGGACCCCUCUGCUCCAGGGCUGGCCUUGGCUGAGCUGACUGGGAAACACGACCCUCUCACAGGAAGGGCAGGGGCCCCAGGGACCUUGAGUCAGGAAGGCCAGAGUCAGCGAUAAAAAUGCCUCCUCCAACCGAGAUGCCUCAAUAAACCGUUGUGGUCUAAGA